GAGUGAGCGUGUCGGUCGCGGUUCCGGUGCAGCAGUUUAAGCAGGUCGGCACGAGUGGGAGUGAGAGUCCAACUGGUGGGUCUAGCUUCCAAGCCAAGGCUGAGAGUUCAGGUGACGAUGAGAGCGAGGAGUCGGAGGAGGAGUAGAACUUCGACACUGGAGAUUUCUCGUGCAUACUCAUGGUUGGCUAUGCAGUGGUGAUGCGCCGCCUGCGAUGGUGGACGAGAGGUGCGCGUUGGCGUCUAGUGGAUGCGGUGAAAAGUGCGCCAGUGCAUCGAACGCGCUUGUUGUGCCGUACUUUUAGCGGGGCGCUACGGCAACAGAUUGUUUCGGCGGGUGAUGUUGUACGAGUAGAUAGUGACACACGGGCAACAGCUCGGAGCCUGCAGACUGAUCAGCGGUCGGAAGCAACUAGGUCAGGAAUUGGUAUGCAGUAUGAUGCUGGAGCACCAUGCCAUCCAGUGAGAAGCGUAAAAUGCCCGCAUU